AUGGCUGACAAGGCAGGGUCUGUCUACCGUCCUCAUGACACAUCAAUUGAACUGGACGACAGCAUGUUGGGAGACAAGUCCAGUUAUCAUUACAAUUUGACCUUGUGCACUCCAAGAGACCACAAGAAUGGAGCCGAUGAUGCUGUAAUUGAAGAUGCCGAGCCUGACCUUCGGCUUACAAAGUCCACGGCCGCCGACGCUGCCGACAUGCGCCGCAUGGGAAGAAGCCAGGAACUUGUCCGAAAUUUUCGCACCUUCUCGGUGGCUUCGUUCGCUGCGAUAGCCGGAGCAGGCUGGGAGUUUGGCAUGUUCCAGAUCACGCCCGCUCUUCUGGAUGGUGGCAGGCCGGGCUUGAUAUACUCGACCAUCUGGAAUUUCAUCGGCUUCAUCCCUAUUUACCUGAGCAUGGCUGAAAUGACUAGCAUGGCCCCCAUUGCUGGCGCACAGUAUCAUUGGGUCAGCGAGUUUGCACCGGAGAGCAUGCAAAGAAUCCUCAGUUAUGUGAGCGGAUGGACAUCAACUCUGGCGAUGCAAGCCGGUCAAGCACUUGGCGUUCUUUUAACGGGAACUUUGAUCCAGACCACCAUUCUUGUCAAUUACCCGGACUAUACAAGCCCGCCGUGGCACGUGUUUCUCUUCAUCGUUGUGGCUGUCAUAACAGCCUUUGCCGGUAGUAUCUGGGGUCAUCGGUCUUUACCGCGUUGGCAAAACAUCGCAUUUGGCUUGCAUGUACUGGCCUAUUUUGCUGUUUUAAUCCCCAUUUGGGUGAAUGCACCCAGGGCUACGUCGGAGCAGGUAUGGACAGAGUUUGAGAAUGCCGGAGGAUGGCCGAGUUUGACACUUGCUGUCUUGAUCGGCCAGAUGACUGGUGCGAAUUUCGAAGUUGGCGUUGAUGUGGCGGUGCACAUGUCCGAGGAAGUUCGAAAUGCGGCCUCGUCAGUUCCCAAGGCAAUGUUGGCAGUCUUCCUAUGCGGCUUUGUGUUGAUUCUACCUCUUGUUGUGACGAUUGUAUAUCAUAUUCCCGACAUUGGGGUUGCUCUCAGCGACCGCACAACUUACCCGGCCGUUUACGUGCUGCGACAGGCCAUGUCAACUGGUUGGAUCACUGUCGUCCUUGUCGUCGUCAAUUUCCUUGUGGUCUGUUCGAACAUUUCAUUCCUCACCGCGGCUAGUCGCGAUCUCUAUGCGUUUUCUCGCGACAAGGGAAUCCCCUUCUCCGACUGGAUCUCCAAGAUUGAUCCAAAAAGACCCGUGCCUCGAAAUGCCGCGAUUCUGACCAGCAUGUCCACGCUGGCAAUGGCGCUCAUUUACCUCGGCAGUCCUGUUGCUUUCUAUGCCAUUUCCUCACUCACGACGGUGGCCUUUCUCCAAUGCUAUUGCUUGAGCAUUGGCUGCUUCUUGUGGAGGAGGAUCUACUACCCCGAGACCCUCCCACAUGGUCGGUUUUCUCUGGGCAGAUAUGGGAUUCCGAUGAAUGCGGCUGCAGUCGUCUACAGCUUAUGGACGUUCUUCUGGGCCUUUUGGCCAGAGUCCUAUCCCGUCACUGCAGGAAAUUUUAAUUGGUCCUCGGUUUUGUUCGCCACAGCCCUUAUCGGGGCACUGGUGCACUUUGCUCUUGUCGGCCGACACAGAUAUCACGGACCAGUUGCUUUAGUCGACGGAAGAAAAGUGAGGUCGUUCAGCCGGUAA